CCAUUUGACUAUUCAACAUUGAUAGGCAAGCAACGCAAUGACACUCAAGUCAAAUGAAUUUUUCAUGCAGAUGAUGAACUUUUAACUUAGUGAAAGUCUCCGAGAAAGUACUUCUACUUGCAAAUAUUUCGUGUCGUCAAUGGCUCGAAUUUUCCUAAAAGCCACCCCGCAAAUCGAGGCCGAUAGAAAUCUCUUGAAGUUUAGCACAUAUGAAGAGUAUUUGGACUCGCUGUCCACGGCACAAGAUGCUUGCUACUUGCAGAGCGUCGAAGCGUCCAGAACUAUAGCAAAUUUGGGAUACAGAAGCUCAGGUGAAACCUUAAGUCGCGAGCAGUUUGAGAAGAGGCUGGCUGCAGUGUUGAACUACCUCUACCCUCCUUACAAGGCUUAUGAGUUGUCUAGUGAGGGCUUAGUGAAUUCGGAUACAGAUCCCAUUAUUCAAGAACUGGCUUCCAGGGAGCGAGCAAACAGGAUAGGAAUACUCUCAACCAUAAUAUUCUUGAGGACAUUCACUAAAAGCGGUAUAGAAGUAUCUGGCUACGUCGACUACACGGAAAGACUAUCGAAGGAGGAUUUGAAACCAGUUUUUAAAGGCCUCAAACUGCUAAUGCCCAGAAAGUGCGACUUGGGUUUCUACCACUGGAAAUCCGGAGAUGUCUACUCGAAUGACUCGUUCAACUACAAGGUCCUGCAGCAUCCACAAAAAGGCCUGAUUUUCCAGAACCGAUUUGAUCGAAAAACCAUUAAUCCCAAUCCCAUGGCCGAACCAGGUCCAAAUACUUCGAGGAAACGAAUCUACUCAAAACUGUACGAGCUUUGCAUUCUAUUCGAUCACGUAGUCAGGCAGAGAAUAUGAUUAUCUAGGGUAUGGGUAAAUAGGGCCAAAACCUCGUUUCUUUUAAUAUAUCAUGCUGUGAA